GAAGAUCUCAACAAGGUAUUGAAUAUUUGCUCAACUAGUGAAGGCUGUUACCAUGUUGUUGCUUAAUGUGCUAUUUUGGUGUUCUUUGGUGGCUGGUGUUUUUGCUAAAACCCAUGAAUACCAUUUUGAGGCUACUUAUGUAAAUGCUUCUCCAGAUGGGAUCAAAGAAAGAAGGGUUGUUGGUAUUAACAAUGAAUGGCCAAUACCGACCAUUAGGGUGACUAAAGGUGAUCGGGUUGUUAUCCAUUAUACUAAUGGAUUACAAGAUAGAAACAGCUCGUUACAUUUCCAUGGGUUGUUUCAACAUCAUACCAAUUCAAUGGAUGGACCAGAAUACGUUACUCAAUGCCCUAUUGCACCAGGUCAAGGAUUCCUUUAUAAUUUCACGGUAGAGGAUCAAGCAGGAACUUAUUGGUACCACUCACAUUCAGGAACUCAAUAUGGAGAUGGGUUAAGAGGGUUAUUUAUCAUUGAAGAAAAGGAAAAAUCCGAUUACCCAUUUGAAUUUGAUGAAGAAGUAUCGCUUUCUGUUAGUGAUUGGUACCAUUCAGAAGGGCCUGAACUUAUGAAAAAGUUCUUAAGUAGAUAUAAUCCAACUGGAGCUGAACCAGUACCUCAAAACUCCUUGUUUAACGAUACUAGAAAUGUUACCUGGGACGUUAAACCAGACACUACUUAUUUCGUUAGAGUUGUGAAUAUGGGUUUGUUUGUUUCUCAAUACUUGAAGCUUGAGGGUCACACGUUUACUAUAGUUGAAGUUGAUGGUGUUUACGUUGAGCCACAAGAAACUGAUUCUCUUUACUUGAGUGUUGCACAAAGAGUUGGUAUUUUACUUCAUACUAAAUCUACUGCUAAUGAAAACUAUAGGUUUUUAAACAUUCUUGAUGAGGAUAUGUUGGAUCUUUUGCCUGAAGAUUUACAAUUGGUCUCUACUAAUUGGGUAAGAUAUAAUGAUUAUAAACCAUUACCAGAAGUAUUCCCAAUUGGAUACCACCAUUAUGAAAAAUUAAUUGAAAGCUUAAAACCUUUUGAUGAUUUCAAAUUAAAUCCAUUUGAUAAAGAAGAAGCAUUACCUGAACCAGACCAUAAAGUUGAAUUAAAUUUCGUCAUGGAUAACUUGGGUGAUGGUGUUAAUUAUGCAUUUUUCAAUGAUAUUAGUUAUGUUGCACCAAAAGUUCCAACUUUGUUAACUGUAUUAUCAAGUGGAGAUUUAGCAACUAAUGAAAGAAUAUAUGGUUCUAAUACUAACUCUUUUGUUUUACAACAUAACGAUAUUAUCGAAAUUGUUCUUAAUAACAUGGAUGAUGGUAAACAUCCGUUCCAUUUGCAUGGACAUACUUUCCAAGUUCUUUUCAGAUCUGAAGGUGAUGAUGACGAACCUGAGGUUUAUGAUCCAGAAAAUCCUGAUCAUAAUAAAUUUGCUAAACAUCCUGUAGUUAGAGAUACUGUUAUGGUCAAUCCAAAUGGAUUUAUCGUUUUAAGAUUCAAAGCUAAUAAUCCAGGGGUUUGGUUAUUCCAUUGUCAUGUUGAUUGGCAUUUGGAACAAGGUCUUUCCGUCACCUUUAUUGAAGCUCCUUUAGAAAUUCAAAAUUCAGAAUUACCUUUACCUAAAAGUCAUUUUGACGCUUGUGAAGCUUUAAAUAUGUCCUCAAAAGGUAAUGCUGCUGGUAAUUAUGGGGAACUGCAUCAAGAGUGGUUGGAUUUGACCGGUGAACCUCUUCAAUAUCCUCCAUUACCCGAAGGGUUCACUGCUAAAGGUUAUUUAGCAUUGUUCAUGUGUAUUGUUGCAGCUCUUUAUGGUGUUCUUUCCAUCUACAAGUACGGUAUGGAAGAUGUUAACAGCGAAGAAAACGAAGCUCUUCUUCAGAAAUUGUACACCAUUCUUAAGGACAACGACGCAUUAGAUGAAAACGAAGAAUCAACCAUGUUCACCUUGAAUAGUAAUGGUGAACGUUUAUUUGAAUGGGCAUUUGGUAAGAAGCUUACGCCUCAAGAAAGGCUUCGAAAGAACCAAAGGGCACUCGAGAAGACCCAGCGAGAGUUGACUAGAGAAACCACCAAAUUACAAAGUCAAGAGAAGAAAUUGAUAAGUGAAAUCAAAAAAUCAGCCAAACUGGGGCAAAUAGCUAGUGCUAAGAUACAAGCGAAGGAUUUGAUUCGAACGAAGAACUAUAUUGUUAAGUUCAAUUCGAUGAAGGCACAAUUACAAGCAAUUCUGUUAAGAAUACAGUCUGUUCGUAGUAAUCAACAAAUGGCUACUUCAAUGAGAGAUGCUACUAGGUUAUUAUCAGGAAUGAAUCGAACGAUGAAUUUACCUCAAUUAUCGAGGAUCACUCAGGAGUUUGCUAAGGAAAAUGAUUUGAUGGAUCAAAAACAAGAUUUCAUGGAUGAUGCUAUAGAUGAUGCUAUGGCCAUGGAUGACGAAGAUGAAUUAGGAGAAGAUGAACAAGUUGAUGAAAUAUUGGGUAAAGUUUUAGAUGAAAUUGGAGUUGAUUUGAAUUCUAAUUUGAAAGAUACUCCAACCCUGAUCAAUGUUAAUAAUGAAUCCUCAAUUAAUAAUGGUAAAGUGGCCCAAGCACUAGGAGGAGAUGGUGGUGCUAAUAAUGAUGAAGAUGAUUUACAAGCAAGAUUAGAUAGUCUUAAGAAGUAA